CACCGUGUUCCAGAGUACUAGUACAGCGGUGAGUGACAGUCCCGCUCCACGGUAGCUGCUCCGCUGCUGCUCUCCACACCACGGCAACGAGACCGGAGCCGAGCAGGGCAGGCUGGAGGGUGGGGGGACAGACAGACAGACAGGCAGACUGAAGGGUGCACACAGCGUGCAGCAGGACGGCCUCUGUACUCUGUGAUGUGCAGUAAAUGGGAUUAAACCGCUCAGACAGCGCUUGGAAACACUGGCAGUAGUAGUAGUAGUGGAGAGUAGGGGGAGCUCCGCGCGAAGCUUCGCCGCAUGUGCUCGUCCGCGUGCGCCUGGAAAACUUGCACUGGUCCGUUCGCGGGAGAGAGAAAACAACCGAAAGAAGAGGGGGACUAGCGAGAGCUGCAGCCUCAAAUAAAACCCCCCUGGUGCAAGUUUGACCUCCGGGACUCGCAGCAGCAGCAGCGGCAGUCACCCAAACCUCCCCUCUCACAUGCCUGCGUUGAUGUGGGAGAGAGGGAGGGGAGCGGAGCCGGGGGAUGUUUGAAUUACCUCGCUAAAACUUCCACAAAUACACCGAGAGAAAUUGUUAAAAGAGGAGAGAAGUUGCGUUUGCGUUCCGUGGGAAUUCAAGGAGAAGAAGAGCGGGUGUCAUGGACAACCAAGCGAGCGAGCAGCAGCACCACCACAGCUGCGAGGACGUGCGGAAGAGCGGCUACCUCCGCAAGCAGAAGUCCAUGCACCGGCGGUACUUCGUGCUCCGCGCCGCCUCGGAGCGCGGCCCGGCCCGCCUGGAGUACUACGAGAGCGAGAAGAAAUUCCGCGGCAAGGCCCCCGUCCCGAAGAAAGCGGUGGCGCUGGAGACGUGCUUCAACAUCAACAAGCGGGCCGACUCCAAGAACAAGCACAUGAUCGUGCUGUACACGCGGGCCGAGAGUUUCGCCAUCGCCGCGGAGAACGAGGCGGACCAGGACGAGUGGUACCAGGCCAUGGUGGACCUGCAGUGCAAAAGUAAGAACCCCACUGACAGCGGGGCUGCGGGGGACUACGGCGUGCCAAAUCCUGGGCCUGCGUUCAAAGAGGUGUGGCAGGUGAAGGUGUGGCCCAAAGGCCUGGGUCAGGCCAAGAACUUGGUGGGCAUCUACCGCCUUUGCCUGACCGACAAGACGGUCAACUUUGUCAAGCUCAACUCUGACGCUGCCGCCGUGGUGCUGCAGCUGAUGAAUGUCCGGCGCUGCGGCCACUCCGAGAACUUCUUCUUUGUCGAGGUGGGACGCUCUGCUGUGACAGGCCCGGGCGAGUUCUGGAUGCAGGUGGAUGAUUCAGUGGUGGCCCAGAACAUGCAUGAAACCUUGCUAGAGGCCAUGAAGGCGCUGAGCGAAGAGUUUCGCCAACGCAGCAAAUCUCAGUCAAACUCUGGCCCUGGGGGAGGUGCUACUGCUUCAAACCCCAUCAGUGUUCCCUCACGCCGUCACCACCCAAACCCUCCCCCCAGCCAGGUGGGCUUCACCCGCCGGCCCCGAACCGAGCCUCCUGGAGCCACAAACAGCGGAGCAGGGGGCAGCAGCGCCAAUGCUUCUCCCACCCCACGGCAUAGCUUCCCGAGGUCUCGCACGGCCAGUGACGGGGGGAAAGGUGAGGAUGGGUUAGCGGGGACCACACUGCUCCAAGGGCCGAGCUCCAGCCCCUCCACCAAUGGCUCCUGCUCCACCACCCCAAUCCUCAGGUCAAAGUCAGUCCGUUCAGCCCCCACCACGUUAGCUAAAACUCCGCUAGGGUUGAUGCGCUCCAUCUCCACUCCGGCGCCCUCUCCGGCCCCAAGCCUCUCAUCUAGCUCUGGGCAUGGUUCUGAGUUUGGAGGUGUAACAUCCUCUGCUGGUGCUGGUCCAGGGUCUGGUGCUUACAGUCGUGUCCCCUCCCAUCGCGCCUCUGUCUCAGGCUCCCCCAGCGACUACGGCUCCUCAGAUGAGUAUGGCUCUAGUCCUGGGGACCACACGCUCCUCCCCUCCCCAAGCCUCCCUGGAAGCUCCGUUGGUAGCGUCAGCAGCCAAUCCCUCAGCGAGGAGGGAGCCAACUACAUCCUCAUGGGCCAACGUAGCGGUGCUGCCAGUGGCGGCAGUAACCAAGGGAGCUUGACGUCCAGCUCCCUGCCAGCGCCAGGAACACCAACCUGUGGCUCCCAGCCCCAGACCAGGAGAGUGCUGCGUCGCUCCUCCAGCCGCGAAUGUGAAGCCGAACGUAGGCUGCUAAGCAAGCGGGCCUCCUUACCUCCUAUGACCCUGGAGAGGCUGGCUCCACGUCAGCGUAGAGCUGAGGAGCCAUCAGAGGAAGACUCAGCCGAUUACGCCAUCAUGUCGAGGAGCACCAGCCGCGAGUCCUUUUCUUCCACCUCUUCCUGCACACAGAGGGAAUCUGGCAUGGGUGCUGGGUCAGCAGGGGGAGGAGGAGGAUACUUGGAUGUGGCGGGGGAGUUCAAAAGUGAAGGGAGUGGAGGAGCAGGUGGUAGUGUAGAUUUAGGUGUAGACAAUGGUUAUAUGUCCAUGCUGCCUGGCGUCACUCAGCCUCCAGUAUCCAUGUCCCAGUCUUUGGCUGUCUCUGUCCCAGACUCAGACUCUAAACCUGCUGAUGAUUACAUGGCCAUGACGCCCAACAACAGCGUGUCCCCUCCACAGCAGAUCCGGCCUCCACCAACUUCUGACGGAUACAUGAUAAUGUCCCCCAAUAGCAGCUGCUCCCCUGACCAGCGUGGAGGUCUCUCUGGAGGGGCUUGGGUGGGGAGUGGCAGCGCAGACAGCAGGGCAGGCAGCGACUAUAUGAACAUGUCUCCAAUCAGUGCACGUUCUGUAAAUGGCAGCCCCCCACCUCCUGAUCACACCAGCCAUUUGGAGACCAGUUCCCAACAGCAAGCCCCCAAGAUGGUGUAUUCUUACUAUUCCCUUCCCCGGUCAUACAAACAUAACCCUUCUGCUGGACACUUUGACGAUGGGCCCGGACGAGGCAGGAGGCCCAACGGUAGUUGUAGUAGGGGAAUGGGUGGAGGUAGGACUAUGGGAGGGCGUCAGGAGCAACCAGCAGUGGAAAACCCGGUGGUUGGACGCCACUUGUCGCUCUCCUCCUCCUCAUAUUCCUCCAGCUCAGCCAGCAGCGAGAGCCUUGGGGAGAGUGAGGACCGAGCUACCCAGGCAUUGGCUGGGGGAGCUCAGUCCAAAGACGGGAGUAAGCUCCAGCAGAGACGGGGCUCUGGUGGGUUUUCCAAGCAGGGUGGCCAUACUAGAAACAGACCAGUGAGCCUGUUUGUUGAUGUAUCCAAGGCUAAUACUCUUCCUAGAGUCCGUGAGAACCCCCUGCCCCCAGAACCUAAGAGCCCUGGGGAAUACGUAAGCAUUGAGUUUAAGGGGGAAAAGUGCAGCCAGACUGGGGUUACAGGAGGGCGUGGCAGGGGUCUCAGGCACGGCUUAUCACUGCCUCAUUGCUCGAGCAGCCAGCAUCCUCAACACAGGCCAACGUCUUGCUUAGGUAACUUCGUCCCCCUCUCCCGUAGCCCAUCCGCCCCCAUCACUCCCCCAGCUGCCUCUGAGUAUGUCAACAUGGACCUGGGCCCUUCUCCGUCCCCUUCACCCCUCUCACUCACCCCACUAGUUUUCCCAUCUUUCCACACCCCUCCCACGCCUCCAACUCUUGCUCAUGCCCCCAAAGCCUGUGAUGAGGGUAGUAGUGGUCCUCAUGAGGAAAGCGCCAAAGUGGCUGAAGCUCCACUUAGGAAAAGCAGAGAAAAUGCUCCAUCAGUGACAGAGUCCGAGUCUCCUACAUCUUGUGGUGACUACACAGAGAUGGCCUUCAGCUUGAAUAGCAACACCGUCCCUAGGUCAUCAUCCAGUGUCUCCCCCAAAGCCCCUUCCCCCACCAGGACUGAUCCCUCUGUUCCAGUGUUGUCACGGGGUCUUGACUUCCCCCUAGCCAAACCAGGACUCAACCCUGACCAUGGGGCUAAAGUUAUCCGGGCCGACCCCCAAGGACGCAGGCGGCAUUGCUCAGAAACCUUCCUCGCCUCACCUUCCCUCCCCACCUCUACCUCUACGUCCUCCUCCUCCUCCACUGCCUCCCUCUUCCCAGAACACGCCCAAGCUGUGGCCCGCCGGCUCGGCUUUGAGAGCAUGCUAUGGGGUAACGGUGCUGUGAACGAUACCCCUGCUCAGUGCCCCAUCUCUGGACAGCAGCCCCUUCCCACAAACUCCCAAACUUCGUCCACAGAGCAAGGCCUUAACUACAUUGACUUGGACCUGGUCAACAAAGAGAGCCCCCAUUUGGGACUGGACGGACCCUCAGGUAGCCAGGCUCCCUCUCGCCUCUUCUCUGUGCUGGGCGGAGGCUCCGGGAUUGGGGGAGUGGGCGCAGCAGUCGGCAGCAGCAGCAGCUCCAGCCUCAACACGUACGCCAGCAUCGACUUCUACAAAUCGGAGGAGCUGCGGACACAUCAGAAUGGAAACAAGGAGGGAACAGAGUGCUGAUGUUAGUGCGGCGUCCUUGGGGAAACAAUCUGGUACCGCUCAGAGAGCUUCGUCCCUGCCUGUUCCUUUUGUGACAACCAAUCACAUGGGGAGAGCAGCUCGAUCGGACACGCCCCCUGAAGCACUUUGACAGAGACUGAUGGAAAAUGUUUCUUUUUUUUUUUUUCUUUGUUUCUUCACUUUCAUCUUGUUGGUUGUGGAAACCAACGGGGAUGUGUGCCAAAUGACAUUCUUGAAGAUAUUUGCUGCUCUCAUUCCUUGAGUGAAAGCCAAUCAGAGAAGGGUACAAAAAAUGGAGAAUGGUGUUUUUUUUUUCCUUCCAAGUGAAAAACUCUAAUCAUAAAGACUACAAAGGUGGCUGACUAUUACCUGUAUGAAAAAGAAAAUAUAUAGAACUAUAUAUCUGCUCAAAAAGUGCCUCAUUUUCAGACUGUAGCUGUUUUACAAAGAACUUCAACUUAUCCUCGACUAACUGAAGCUUUGGGUUCUUUUUUUUGUGCUUGAUUUGAUGUAGUUACAAAAAAAUGCAGCAGAGUAUAUUGAUUAAAGUGGGUAGCACUGGUGUGAGCUUUUGCCGCGUUCAUGUCAUAUAGAGUGGAUGUUAGAGAUUGGACAUGCAUGGUAAAUACAAUAAAAUAUAUCCAUUGAAUUUGGGUUUAUUUACCUGGAAUGAAGGACUUUGGCUGAUGUGAGGCAUCUAUUUUUAUAGAUUAUAGGCACUUCUGUAUAAUUGUAAGCCAAGUUAUUUAUAAAAAUGAAAGUUUCCCAUUCAUAACUAUGACUUACAAGUUGAUGCAAAUGAUAUCGUGAUAAGCGAUAAAUCAAUUAUGACAUGAACGUGGCAUUUUUGCUAAUAUAAAUGAAAAUAAUGGUACUAGCGAUCUGCUGGCCUUCCUGUCUACUGUGAGAAAUAUUAGCAUAGCUGCUGUUAGCAUACCGCUCAUUGUAACUUCCGUCGCUUUUAGUCUGUCUGUCUCCCUUUUCUUUCCCUCCUAACUUUUUAAUAGAGCCAUAAACAUAAAGUAUUAAACACACAGGCUUGAAACAAAAGGCACUUGUAGCCGGGGAUGCAGUAUCUUGCUAGCUAGUUGAAGCUAGGUCAGAUUAACAUAUUAGCAUCGUGCCAGGACGUAAAUUCACCGUCCUGCUGACCACAGCUCAGGGUGAGACCCUCUGAUAUAGAGCCAAGCAAUCCCAUUAGUGCUAUUAGCCCUAGACUCUUGUGUCUCACUUAAUCCCCUUCGUCUCAGGAUGCUAAAUAACAUACGGUACAUACAGCUGAGGAUAGAGACCCUAUCAAUAGCCAUGCUAAUGCUAGCUUUGUAGCGGUCAGCACACUGCUUUUAGAACCGGAAGGGGGUCAGGUGCAAUUUCAAUUCUCUCAUUAUGAAAACUGGUAAUUUGUUCUUGCUUACUUCGUACGUUACCAAACAUUUUAAGAAGAAAGUUUUUACCCUUUUUAAUUUUUAAACUGGUUGAAUUGAAAGUGCUUUGACCCUAAAUCCUUAUUUAAGACUCUGUUUCCAUCUCCCUCCCUCCUCUAUGUCUUUUGCUCAGCUCUUACUUUAAUCUCCGCUAUGCAUCAGCACUUAAGUGCCUGUCUGUCCUACUCGCCCGUCUGUCUCUCUGCCCCAUCUUAGCCGUUAGCACUAAUAGGGCUGUCCUAGCAGAAUAUAUCAAGUCUAUUUUUGUGUCUAUUUUUGUCUCUUUGGGCUGUACAGUUCUCAGAAAGUAACUAGUUCAUGUUUGUUUUGGUGUGACGAUGAUCUAUCAGAUGACUUGACCUGACAGCCGCGGCCCUAAUCGGAGGAGUUUUGGACUGUUUGACUUUGCUGAUAAUGGAGGACUGAAUCAUUGCAGGGCCAUCAGUGCCAAAUCACAACAACAACAACAACAACAUAAAAACUAAGCUGUUCUCUUCUUCUGACAGCACCUCAAGAAGCAACCUUCAGCUCUCAAGUCUGGACGUAUUGCUUUGUUUUAAUAAUGUAACCUUUUGUGUUCUCCCGUUGUUUUCUUUUUCAGCGGGGGGAAGAACUGUGACAUAUCUUGCCUCGCAGUCUGCUAAAGUGACUCUCGGAGAUAAAGGUCAUUGUGAAGACUUGCGUACACUUUAACCUUGAAUUUCUCUUUGACUUUCACCAGAGCAUUAUAAGGAAAUGCAUGAUUAGAAAUAAAAGGCCACAGUGGAAAAACAACAACAAAAAUAUCUAAAUACAUGUGCAUCUGUGUUGCUCCAAAUUGUAGUCAUGUGUUUGUCUGCAUGCACUGGGAAGUCCAUGAACUUUCCCACUCUGGUCACAUGACCGUUUGCGGGGCCUGGGGCGCAACAAUGCGGCUUUAUUACGAGCAGAUUGGGAUCUGUGGUUGGAAUUGCUCCUAAUGGCGGUUACUAGUGCAGGGGUGGGCUUCAAACCAGGUUCGACACCUGAGCAGACUCGCAGGCAAACACAUGACCAUUAGCUGAGAUGUGUUCUGAUGUUAUUUUUUGGAGAUGUUCUCGUAUUGAAACUCAGCAGUUUUCAGCCAAAACAGACAUGCUUGAAGGUACUUGUAGUUGUAGAAAGAAAGCGCACAAACUGACUUGCUUUCAGUCCUGACUAGCAGACAUUAUUAACCUGCCAUUUAGAGCCUCCCUUCCUUCCAGCUCCGAGUGUCCCUUGAACUUUUUGAAUGACCCACGUUUUUACCGUCAAACUGACCCACAGUCAGUUUUUACUUCGACUGCCUGUGGCGAAGUUCUCGACAGUCAUGAGUAAAGUUCCUCAGGGAAAGCCCGGACAAACAGUGGGGCGGGGAGGGGGCUCAUCAGUUUAAAGUGGCUGUAUGAUUUCAUUCAUUGCGUUGUCGAGUGUAGAGAUAUUCAUAAAAUGUGCAGGAAAAGUGCUGCUGCUGUUCUAAAUUGUUUUCCUCUUGUUCCUCUGAGGGAUGGUACUGAAUGGGAAUAUUGUGAGAUUUUGCCAUUGAUGUAGACAGUUUUACUUCUGUUGCUUGAGAAAAAAAAUCUGACUAAAAGAAGAAAAAAAAAAGUCAAACAACAAAA